UAAACACGAAUGCCCACCAUCUCUAUUCUUUAUUCCCACCCCCGCCACUUCCCCUUUCAGAGAAGCUAGCCAUGGAGAAGCGCAGUCUCAGCGAGUUGAGGACUUUGGACGACGAUUUCCAAGAGGUGAGCAGCACGGAGUGGGAGUUCAUCGACAUGUCAGAGCAAGAGGAAGACCUUGUUCGCAGGAUGUAUAGACUCGUCGGAGACAGGUGGGCGCUGAUAGCCGCUCGAAUCCCUGGGCGCACGCCCGAAGCAAUCGAAAGGUUCUGGAAAAUGGCUUACGAUCCUUGUUUCGCGGAAAGGAGGCUGAAGAGAAGAAAGAGAACUUCAAGCAAUCAUGGAAAUGGAGACGCAAGGCAACAGCAGAUGCCUACUGAAUAACAUUAAAUAAGAAGGACCAAACUCAUUAAAUAAGAUGCCACUUUUUUAAUUAUAUUUUCAGAGAGAACAAUCGUGUGAAAGGAGUGUUGAUGUUGGAUUGGCAAAGAAUAAUCUCGAUCGCGUGACGUGUCCGAAUCUUGUGUAAAGGAGUCUGCCGCUCUUGGAAUGGUAAGGAACAUGUUGUUUAUUAUGUGGCUGAGAUUAAUGCUAAGAAAGCUUCCCUUCAAUUAGAGGGGAGGUGAGGUGAUGGGAGGGUCCUUUGAUAAUUACUGAAAUAGAAACUCUGGUUUAUGGAUUUUUUUUUCAACAAUUUUAUU